AUGUUCUUGUUUGUUUGGUUGCAGGAGUUGAUGGGUGUGGAUGAGCGGGUGUUUGCGUGCAUGUACUGCGGUGCCUCCUUCCUCCACCAGAGCAAGCUGACACGGCACAUCCUAUCGCACAGCCUCGAGUCGCUCAAGUACCGCGAGCAGGCGCACCUGCAGCUGCAGGCUCAGCUGGGCCUCGAGCCCGGUAUCCACCUGCCGCCGGAGGCACACUUUACCUCUGGUGGUCCGGUUGAACCCAUGGACUUAGAAUUGGCUGCCCAUUCGGAUCCAACGUCGGGCGUCGUGCUGUGCAAGUUCUGUGGCAAAUCUUUCCCCGACGUUGGCUCACUGAUAGCCCACCUACCGGCGCACACGGGCGACAGGCCCUUCAAGUGCGAAUUCUGCGGCAAGGCCUUCAAACUCAGGCAUCACAUGAAGGAUCACUGUCGAGUACACACCGGUGAGCGGCCAUUCAGGUGCACGCUCUGCGGCAAAACAUUCUCCAGGUCGACGAUACUUAAAGCCCACGAAAAAACCCACUAUCCAAAAUACGUAAGAAAAUUCCUGUCGCCGAGUCCUGUGGAUCCAACGGAAGAGGAGGCACCUCAGCCCCCGCCGCCGCCACACCAUUGAGUUCACCGCUACCACCGACAACCGCCAAUCAUCGUCACCGCAACAGAGACCAUUACUUCAACUUCAACUUCUUUAAUUACAACAUCAACAGUAACAACAACAACAAAUACUACAGUACCACGCUCAUCCGCUCACUUCGGCCGAGCCAAACGCGACACCACCAGCAACGUCAUCAACAAGAGACAACUAACAGCUACGAACAUCAACGAGAUGGACGCCAAGUGUCGAGUUAUCGACGUCCCUACUAUCCAUCAUCACCUCCCCCAUCACCCACCUUUCCAGUCUUGUCAUUGACAAUGAAUCCUUUUGUCCAGAACCUCAUCCAAAGAUCUCACUCCCUCGAGUUCGAGUUCCCGCAUAGUUAUUAUCUAUUUUCUAAAUUUUUUUUAUUGAUUUUAUCAUUUAUUUAUAAUUUUUAAUUUACCUCCCCUCUUUAUCUUGGUGUCCCGCUCGCUAUGAAGAGACUUAAUUGUCAUCGGUGUAUUGUGUUUAAUUACAAGUCAACGUGAUGGCAGUGCCGAAGGUAUUUCUAGUUAGUCCUGUGAUUUUGAUUAGGAUUUGCGUGGUUUAAACGCGUGUUCAGGGGGAGGAACACAUUAAAUAUGAACUCCCUCGUUUAAUCAGUGCUUUAAGAGAAAAAACUUUUAGCUUAAUUACAACAUAUUAUCAUUAAUAUUAUUAUUGCUAUUAUUAUGGAUAAUAAUAUAAUCAUUUCUAUUAUUACUAUUAUUAUUAUUAUUAUUAUUAUUAUUAUUAUUAUUAUUAUUAUUAUUAUUAUUUUUUAUAUCGGUAUUAAUUAUUGAAGUAAAAUAUUACGAGGAUGACACGCGAAAAUGAGAAUUGAUAUAAAUAUAUAGUGUAGGAUAAACCAGGACGAGUUUUCUUGGGUGUUAAUUGUGCGGAUCAAUAGGAUAAUUAUAAUUUUAUAUUUUUUUUGUUGAAAUAAUAAUAAUAGUGAAAAAGAGAGGGAGAGAAAGAGAAAGAGUAAUUGAGCCGCCACGGUUGGUGCUUUUAAAAGAUUUUGAUAAAAUGCUGUGAAUAUAGUAUAUUGGUUAAUAAUAUAUAUAUGUAUGUAUAUUAUAUACAUACAUAUAUAUAUGAACUUAUAAUUAUUAAUUGUAAUAGUGUACUAAUAACGUUGUACGAGAUGUACGAUGACUGUUGUUGAUUCGAUUGAGAAUAUUUUAUACAGUUGACGAAAAUGGGGUGAUUAGAGGGGUGGAGAUGUUUCAUGCGUACGACGUAAUUUAUUAUUAUUGAGGAAGACUGAGUGAUUGGGGGUGUUUGUAACUGAAAGAAAAUUUUAUUGAUAGACGUAAGCUGAGAUCGCUGCUGAUGGAAAUGACAUUCAAGGUACAGUGACUCAAUAACACGGUACAUACAUUUAAUAUCUUCAUCAUCAUCAAUGUAUUUUAUUAUUGAUUAAUUGAGUACACGGAUGGCAGAAUAAUAAAUGCGAUGUAUGUGUAAUUAUCGGGCUGUUAUUUCACUUUAGAUAAUUUUUAGUAAGAGUGCGCUAGCAUAGUGGCUUUUAAAUUAAAUAAAUUUUUCAAUUUUUAAAUUAAUUUUUCGAUUAACGACAAUAAGUCAUACACUAUAAAAAAAACCGGGCUAAGUCCAGGCGGUGUAGGUGUUCAAAUUUUCGGUGUUAAAUUUCGACCCCGAACGUUGUGUUAAAAUAACACCGCCACCGGUGUAAAUAUUCUUUACUAGUGUUAAAAAAAUUUCUCGGUGUUAAAAUAUUUAACUUUGUGAAAAUUUUUGCUUCUCGAACACUAUAGUUAAGACAGUGUUUUUAUUAAUUAAUUAAAUUAGUAGUAAUUGAGAUGGUGGGGGUAAAAUCGUGCAAUGUUUAAAUAACUUACAAAUAACAUAAAUAAGUACGUAGCAAAAUUGAAAUUUCCUCCAGAUAAUAUUCAUUUAAUUUUUAUAUUUUUUUUCUAAUUUCUAUUCGUGGAAUUUUUUACACCGAUUUGACACCGGUAUUUUAACACCGCCAAAUUACACCGCCUACGACGGUGUUAUUUAAUUUUAACACCGCUCAUUUUACAGUGUAUUUAUGAAAUUCGUCAGACAAAAAAUCUUUUAAAAUUCAUAGUUGCACUGAAAAAAAAAAAGUCGAAAGUUCAAUUAAUUUUAAAUCAACAUUAAAAUUUUUUAUUUUCAUUAAAAAUAAAAGAAUUUCAAUUUCUGAAAUUAAGUAGAUAAGAAAGAAAUUUGAAAAAUGAAAAUUCUAAAAUAAAAUUCAUUUAAAUAAUAUUUUUUUGUGACAGAUACUUGAAAUCUACGACAUUUAGCGCCUAUAGCCGGCAGCUAAAAAUAUUAGAUAAGAUACAGCUGGUAAAAAAGAUACCUAAUCGUUCUAAAAGUGACGUCAUCGUUGGAUCAAAAAAUAUUUUUUGGUUACAUGUGCGAUAGCAAACGACCAAAAAAUAUCGAAGUAACUGAACGAGCCAUCUUGUGACAAAGUUUAUCAUCAUUUUAAUUCGUCCACUUACCGACUUUUCUCUAAUUUUCAAAAAAUACUCAAAACAAUCUUACCAAAUAAAUAAACGCGGAUUUAUAACCUGCCAUUUAUAGACACUAAAUGUAGUAAAUUUCAAAUAUCUGUCACAAAAACUAAUGUAUUUAUCUAAUACAAUCGAGUCUCAGACGCUCGCCUUCGGCUCGGGCACCAAUCUUCACACUCGCGUCUUAAGCACGAUCGCACUCGAUAGAUAAACUACUAUUAUAAAAUAAUAAAUAUUCCAUUGUUUUAAUCAAUGAAUUUAAAAAUAAAGUUAUAAAAAAAGAUUUCUAACUGACGAAACUUUUUAAUAAUUUAAUCCAUAAAUUCAUAACGGACUAUACAUUCAGAUCCCAAUAAUAGCGCGGAAAAUUAAAGACUAAAAAGGGAAAAAGAAAAAAAUAGAACAAACGCGAAUCACUAAUUUACUCCAAGCAUAGAUCUAUAAAUAUAUGCAUCAAGUAUACAAAUAUAUAUAUCAGAGAGUAUUUGUAGAUGUGUAAAGACCAAAUCGAAGCACUCCGUCGAUGCGGUAGUCUUUGAGACAGUGCAAUAAUAACUACAAACGUAGAUCUAUUAUCAUUUCUCUUCUUAGUCUUAUUUUGUUGUUUCAUAAACUAUAACACUACGUGUCGUGAAUUUUAAAUUAGUUAUAUUAUCAGACAUUGUACUAAAAUAAUUGUUACAUAGAGCGCACUCGGUGAUAUUGAUUCUCUGCUAUUAACACCACUUAUAUAAAUUUUAUUUCCUCUAUUUAAUAUUUAUUUCUUUCAUCACUGUGUAUAUACACAUAACAACGUAUUGUACAUGAGUAAAACCGAGAAAAUAAUUACGAAUUUAUUGACGGGUUGUUUUUUAUUAAACUAUUGAAAGGAAUGAUUAUGAUAAGUAUAAUUUACAUAGUUUUACGCACUAGAAAUAUUUAUUUUGUUUAAUUAUAAUUUUCUAAGUAAUAUCUGCAAGACAGUAUUCGAAAAUUGUUAAUUUCUAAUUGCGCUAAUAGAUAGUAGGCUAGAAAAAAAUUUAAUUUCAUUAUAAAUAAAUGAAUUAUAAUAAAUUUUAGAACCAAUAAAUUUAAAUAAAAAUAUUAAGUCGUGAUCUAAUUAAUUCAGUUUCCAUUUUUAAUGAGACUGAUUAACAUUUUUUGUACACGUUUAAUAAUUUUUAUCAUCAAAGUAUACGAUUAAAUUGAUUAGUAAAAAAAAAUUU